UCUGGGCACAGGUGUGUGACACUGCAGAGUGGCACAGGUGGGUGCACUGCUGGGCACAGGUGGGUGAUCUGCUGGGCACAGGUGGGCGGAGCUAGUGGGCACACUGCUGGGCACAGGUGGGCGGAACUUGUGGGUGGCACUGCAUGGCACCGAUCAUCAGGGCACUGAUCAUCAGUGCCCUGAUGAUCGUGUGAGGAAAGUGCAGCCGAGAACCGGCACUUGCAUUUCCCUGUGAUCAGCGUGUCAUUGGACACCGCUGAUCACGUGGUAAAAGGCCGCUGUGAUUGGCCUUUUACCACAUCACAUGAUCAGCUGUG